UAAUACAUAGAAAACUGUGCAACACCAAAUCUGUGCCUCCAUUCCUUUGAAUUUCAAUUCAAGGUGAGAAACAGGAGUGAGAGAGCCAUGGGAGCCUGAACAGAGAGAGAGAGAGAAAAAAAGUGUGUUUCUCGUAUAUUAAUGGGUUCUCAUAGUUCGUUUCUCAACUGAACACUCUUAAAUCCCUCCAUUUUUGCACCAAACCCAAACCCAAAUCCAUUUUUUCCCAAUCCAGUUACUGAAAUUCCCAACUCUUGGCAUUUCAAUUUGCUUGCUCUGGUCUCGACAGACCCAGAAAACCCCAUGUUUACAGAAAUUUCUUCCUGGGUAAUUUGAUUUCAGGAACGAGAGGGAGAAUCGGAGUGGGAAAAUGAAGAAAUUGAGGACUUAUUAUAUGCAUUUGAGACACCCACCGAAUAUGGAGCGGCGAUGGAUCUUCCCCUUGGCGAUUGGCUCCAUGGUUUCUCUGUUCCUUCUUUUUCUUUCUAUGGUGACCGCUCCUGGAGGAACCCCCCUGUUUCCGUUCUACCGCUCGGUGGGUGCUUCCAGUUCGUUCUUCGUCGAAUCGAAGCUCCACCCGAUUCCAAUUUCUUCGCUCCCUCCGCCGCCGCGCUUCGCUUACCUAAUCUCCGGCUCGAUCGGAGAAGGGAAUAUGUUGAAACGGACGCUUGAAGCUCUGUACCAUCCGAUUAAUCGCUACGUCUUGCAUUUGGACCUCGAAUCGCCGCCGGACGAGCGGAUUGGUUCAUCAACCUCAGUGCUUCCGAUUACCCGCUUGUUACUCAAGAUGAUCUGCUGCACACUUUCUCUUACUUGCCUCGUGAUCUCAAUUUCAUUGAUCAUACCAGUAACAUUGGAUGGAAAGAGAGCCAAAGGGCUAAACCAGUGAUUAUUGAUCCGGGGUUGUAUAUGUCAAAGAAAGCUGAUGUGUUUUGGAUUACACAGCGAAGAAGUGUGCCAACAGCCUUCAAACUCUUCACAGGUUCUGCUUGGAUGGCGCUUUCUCGGCCUUUUAUUGACUAUUGCAUAUGGGGGUGGGAAAACCUACCUCGGAUCGUCCUCAUGUAUUAUGCCAACUUCAUAUCUUCUCCAGAAGGGUACUUCCACACCGUUAUCUGCAAUGCUCAACAGUUCAAAAAUACAACCGUGAACAGCGAUCUCCAUUUCAUAUCAUGGGACAAUCCUCCCAAACAACAUCCUCACCAUCUCAAUCUCGAUGACAUGCAAAGGAUGAUAGAUAGUAACGCUCCAUUCGCACGGAAGUUCGUCGGAGAAGACCCCGUGCUCGACCAAAUCGACCAGCAACUCCUACACAAAGCCCCCGACAUGCUCGUUCCCGGUGGCUGGUGCAUUGGAAGCCACGAAAAUGGGACCGAUCCAUGCUCGAUCACCGGCAGUCCCAACGUAUUGAGACCUGGUCCGGGAGCAAAACGGCUCGAAACCCUCAUAAGCUCUCUACUAUCGGACGAGAAUUUCCGACCUAGGCAAUGCAAAUAAAGGAGAUACAUCAUCAUCAUCCACAACAUACUAAAGUCCCAAAUGGUAAAAUUCACAUCAAUGGAGAGUUUGGGAAGGAAAUGGCUGAAAGUGUACACAAAUUCCUUCUUCUUAGGUAAACUAGAAAUGGUUCAGCCAUAUCCAUUUCUCUUAGUUUUCCUUACAGCUUCAUGACAGGUUAUAAUUUUCCACAAUCCCUCUGCUUCUGCUGCUGCUGCUUAUUACACUGAUGCCUUUGAAAUAUCAAAUGGGUGGAAGAAUUUGGCUGUGACUGAUAAAAUUUCUCAACACUUUUGGUACAAAAUUCUGUCUGAAUCUUUGUAAGGCCUAAAAUAUAGUUUUGGUUCUUAAAGUUUACUCUUUUUUUUUUAAUUUCCUUCGUUUGAGUUUGAAAGUUUUUGUAUUAGUCUUGGAUGGUUGAAUAGGCUUUAGAGCUUACUGUUGAAAUUUGGGUCAAAAGUUAAUGGAAAAGUCAAAUUUAUUUUUUAUUA